AUGCAAAAGACUUCCAUGCGAAAGAUGCUGCUUCCAGCUCUACUUGUCCUUGCAGUGGUGCUGUUCGGCCCUCCCUCCAUGGCUUAUACAUUUUGGCCGCUCGCAACCAACGCGCACCAGGUUGGUAGGUCGAAGUUGGCGCUUCGUGCAAGCGGAUCUGGCCAGAAGGGUGGAACUGUCUACGUCUGCACGGGACCCUCCUGUAGGAAUGACGGAGCAGAAGGCUGUUUGCAGCUGCUCCGCAACGCGGCGCCGGAGGGUGUGCAGGUCAAGGAGACCGGCUGUUUGGGACCUUGCUCCUCGGGGCCAAACGUGCUCGCAACACCAAGACCAGCUAAUGACCCUCUUGGUGGCAAAGGCCGGGAAGCCCGCAAUGUUGGUGGAGUGGAGCAACCUGCGGGUGUUUGCUUUACAGGCAUUAAGGCCGAGGAGGACAUGGCCCUUCUGUCAGCAUGGGGUUUCCAAGCCGACGCUUCCUCGAACCCAUUGUCUGCGCUGCGAUUGCUCGUUCGGUCUACAGGAGCAGACCAGGUGCCGUGGCCCAUCCUCCUUUAUGUUGGGUUCAACUUGGUCAGGCUUCCCAUUAACAUCAUUUUCCAUGUAGAUCUCCUUCAGCUUAUCAGUCAGGCUGUCAAACCCUCCGCCUAG